CGCAGUGUCAGUGCCGGACUCCGCCGGACGGAGACGGGGCGGAGAAGUAUAUUUGUGUCGGUGGUCUUGCAACUGUGAUGAUGUUGAAGUAUCCUGGUCUGUAAAACGAUAUUUGUUGACAAGACACGGACGGUUGAUAUGUCAGCCUUUCUUUCUGAUACAGGUAGCCUCUGGAUCGAGUAGAAGAGAGACGGCAUGUACUCGGAGUGGCGGUCGCUGCACCUGGUGGUCCAGAGUGACCAGGGCCACGUGAGCGUCCUGCACACAUACCCCACGGCGGUGGGGCGGGAUGUGGCCAACGCAGUGGUGCGCCCCCUAGGGACCGCCCUCGGAUCCCCAGUGACCGAGAGUCUACUCAAAACUGACAAGGAGGUCAAGUGGACAAUGGAAGUUCUGUGCUAUGGCCUCACCCUACCUCUGGAUGGAGACACUGUUAAGCUGUGUGUGGACGUGUACACUGACUGGAUCAUGGCACUGGUGGCUCCUCGAGACUCCAUCCCACAGCCUAUCGUCAAGGAGCCCAACCUCUAUGUGCAGACUAUUCUCAAACACCUCCACAACCUCUUCCUGCCUAGGCCCGAACACUACAGCCCCAAUCACUUCCGGCUGUGCCAGCAGGUUCUGACGGCGGUGCAGAAGCUGGCCAGGGAGUCAGCCUGCAUGGUGCGGGAGACCUGGGAGGUCCUGUUGCUCUUCCUGCUCCGCAUCAACGACACGCUGCUGGCUCCGCCCACCGUGGGAGGCGGGAUAGCAGAGAAGCUGGCGGAGAAGCUGAUCAGCGUGCUCUUCGAGGUCUGGUUCCUGUCCUGCACACGCUGCUUUCCCACCCCGCCUUACUGGAAGACGGCCAGGGAGAUGCUGGCCAACUGGAGACACCACCCCCCGGUGGUGGAGCAGUGGAGCAAGGUCAUCUGCGCUCUGACCUCCAGACUAUUGCGUUUCACUUAUGGGCCCGCGUUCCCGCCUUUUAAAGUCCCUGACGAAGACGCCAACCUGAUUCCUGCUGAGAUGGACAACGACUGCGUGGCACAGACCUGGUUUCGCUUUCUCCACAUGCUGAGUAACCCCGUGGACCUGAGCAACCCCAUCAUCAUCAGCUCCACGCCCAAGUUCCAGGAGCAGCUCCUGAACGUCAGCGGUGUGCCCCAGGAGGUCAUCCAGCACCCCUGCCUCAAGCAGCUGCCCCAGAUCUUCUUCCGCGCCAUGCGGGGGGUCAGCUGUCUGGUCGACGCCUUCCUGGGUGUUGCAGUCUCAAAGAAAGAGAUACAGGAAAGACUGCCUUCUUAUGGAAUUACAGUGUCUAGGAGCAAUAUUCGUGACAGACUUCCUUCAUUAGGUGUUGCAGUGUCUAAGAACAAUUUUCGGGAAAGGCUACCAUCUUAUGGCAUCUCCCGGCCCAGAUCGGACAGCGCCCCGCCCACCCCCGUCAACCGGCUCAGCAUGCCCCCUCCGCCCACCACCACCAACACCACGCCCCCGCACAGCCGAAGACACCGGCCCACCGGCGUCACCAAGACCACCAGCAAGGCCUCCACGGGGAGCACGGCUCACCCAGCCAAAGUGUCCCACCAGACGUCCUCCACAUCGCCGCUGUCCAGCCCCAACCAGACCAGCUCGGAGCCCCGGCCUCUGCCCGCCCCCACCAGGCCCAAGGUCAACAGCAUCCUCAACCUGUUCGGCCAGUGGCUGUUCGACGCCUCACUGGUGCACUGCAAACUCCACAACGGGCUGAACAGGGACGGCACUCUGACGGCCCUGGCAGCUCAAGCUGGAGUGGAGCUCCGCAGGAAAGGCUCCCAGAUGUCCGCCGAAACCAUGGUGUCCAACCCCAUGUUCGACGCCAACGAGUUCCCCGACAACUACGAGUCGGGCAGGGCCGAGGCCUGCGGCACGCUCUGCAGGAUCUUCUGCAGCAAGAAGACCGGCGAGGACAUCCUGCCCGUCUACCUGUCCAGGUUCUACAUGGUCCUGAUCCAGGGACUGCAGAUCUCGGACUUUAUCUGCCGCCCCGUCCUGGCCAGCAUAAUCCUCAACUCCUCCGCUCUGUUCUGCUCCGAUCUGAAGGGCAUCAACGUGGUGGUGCCGUACUUCAUCUCCGCACUGGAAACCAUUCUCCCCGACCGGGAACUGUCCAAGUUCAAAACUUACGUCAACCCCACCGACCUGAGGCGGUCCUCCAUUCACAUCCUGCUGUCCAUGCUGCCUCUCCCGCACCACUUCGGAAACGUCAAGUCCGAGGUUCUUUUGGAGGGAAAAUUCAGCAACGAUGAGAACUCCCUGCAGGAAAAGGCGGUGACCUUCCUCUCCCUGAAGCUGCGAUUGGUCAACGUUCUCAUCGGAGCUCUGCAAACCGAGACUGAUCCAAUCAACACCCAGAUGAUCCUCGCUGCAAUGCUCAACAUUGUCCAGGAUUCUGCUCUUUUGGAAUCAAUAGGGGCUCAGGCUGAAAUGGGCAGUGCAGAAGGCAGCCACAUGUCGGUGAAGAGCCACAGCCGGAACAACAGCGGUAUCAGCACCACCAGCGGGGGGAGCUCUGAAGCCACCACUCCAGACAGCGAGAGACCAGCUCAGGCCCUGCUACGGGACUACGCUCUUCAUACAGAUACAGCGGCUGGGCUCCUCAUCCGCAGCAUCCACCUGGUCACCCAGAGGCUCAACUCGCAGUGGCGGCCCGACAUGAGCAUUUCACUGGCCGCCCUCGAGCUGCUGGCCGGCCUGGCCAAGGUGAAGGCGAGCGUGGAGUCGGCAGACCGGAAGCGGGCGGUGAGCUCGAUCUGCGGAUACAUCGUCUACCAGUGCAGCCGCCCCGCCCCACAGCACUCGCGGGACCUCCACUCUAUGAUCGUGGCGGCCUUCCAGUGCCUCUGCGUGUGGCUUACCGAGCACCCGGGCAUGCUGAACGAAAAGGACUGCCUCAUAGAGGUGCUAGAGAUUGUGGAGCUGGGCAUAUCUGGGAGCAAAUCCAAGACCAGUGACCAGGAAGUGAGGUACAAGGCUGACAAGGAGCACAACCCCGCUUCCAUGAGGGUGAAGGACGCAGCUGAGGCCACGCUGUCAUGCAUCAUGCAGGUGCUGGGGGCCUUCCCCUCCCCCAGUGGGCCUGCCUCUCCCUGCAGCCUGCUGAACGAGGACACCCUCAUCAGGUACUCCCGCCUCGCCUCCACCGGCCGGAGCAACUUCCGCUACUUCGUCCUGGACAACUCGGUCAUCCUGGCCAUGCUGGAGCAGCCGCUGGGCAACGAGCAGAACCCCUGUCCGUCCGUCACCGUGCUGAUGAGGGGGACGUCCGGACGCCACGCCUGGACCAUGCAGCUGCACCUGCAGCCCCGCGGAGCACGGGCGCGAGCCAAUCAGAGGCAGGUGUUCGUGCCGGAGAGCCGCCCCACCCCAAAGAACGACGUGGGAAUCCGCUUCAACGUCAAACACCGGCCCUUCCCCGAAGAGGUGGACAAAAUCCCCUUCGUGAAGGCCGACCUCAGCAUUCCAGACCUGCACGACAUCGUCAAUAAGGAGGCUGAACUGACCAUGCCUCGCACUACAACACUCAAGUACAGUGACCCAGAACUGGAGAUCCAGCACGACAAGCUGCGCAGCGUGAUGGUGAAGCAGAUGGAGUACGAGUCGGCCCUGGAGCGCCACAGCGAGGACGUCUGGAGGAACAAGCCCUUUCCCGACCCGCUGAUCGACUGCAAGCCCCCCGCCCCCUCGCAGGAGUUCCAGACCGCCCGCCUCUUCCUCUCGCACUUCGGCUUCCUGUCGCUAGAGGCGCUGAAGGAGCCUGGGAAUAGUCGCUUACCUCCUCAUCUAAUUGCACUGGAAUCUGCCUUGCCCGGCUUUUUUGAUGACAUAGGAUACCUAGACCUCCUUCCCUGCCGCCCUUUUGACACUGUAUUUAUAUUCUAUAUGAGGGCAGGCCAGAAAAGCAGCCAGGAGAUCCUGAGGAACGUGGAGUCCUCGGCCAACGUUCAGCACCACUUCCUGGAGUUCCUGCUGUCCCUGGGCUGGCCGGUAGACGUGGGCCAGCACCCUGGCUGGAGCGGGAGUGUCUACACCAGCUGGUCCAUCAACGCCUGCAACGGCAGCAAGGGUCUGCAGCAAGCAGAUGAGACCAUUACACUGGGAGACAGUGGUGGUGGCGUCUUCAACGGGGAGAAGAGGGUGCUGUACUACGCAGAUGCUCUGACAGAAAUUGCCUUUGUAGUCCCAUCACUUUUGGACUCUUCUACUGAGUCGUCGGAGAACAGCUUCCCAACAGCGGAGAUGGAUUCUCAGAUGGACCUACUACCCGGAUUGCUGAAACAGUCAAAUUUAACACUGGAGCUCUUCCCUAACCACUCUGAAAACCUGGGACCGUCUCAAAGGAGUCCCACAGUGAAGAUGAAGAAGAUGCCUCUGAGCAGACCUGUGCCUCCAUUGGGACCAGAGACAAAAGUGCUGGUGGUUUGGGUCGAGCGCUAUGACGAUAUUGAAAACUUCCCCCUUCCAGAACUCUUGGCAGAAACUAGCACUGGCGUAGAGACGACAGCAAACAGCAGCGCUUCAUACAGGCCCAUGGCGUCGGAGAAGGACGUCCUGGUGAUCUUCAUCCACCCCCUGAAGACGGGCCUGUUCCGCAUCAAGCUGCACGGGGCCAUGGGGAAGUUCAGCAUGGUCAUCCCCCUGGUGGACGGGAUGGUGGUCAGCAGGAGAGCUUUAGGGUUCCUCGUGAGGCAGACGGCGAUCAACGCCUGCCGGAGGAAGAGGCUGGAGAGCGACUCCUACAACCCGCCCCACGUGCGGCGGAAACAGAAGAUCGCCGAGAUCGUCAACAAGUACCGCAACAAGCAGCUGGAGCCCGAGUUCUAUACCUCACUGUUCCAGGAGGUGGGAGAGAGGAGCCUGAACCCCUGAGAGGGAGAGCACUGCGCAGAUCCUUUAUAUUUAUAAAAACGACUUUGUUAUUUAUGUCAGCACUUGGCGGCCGCACACUACAGACGCGGGAGGUCCUCGGAAAGAACGGCUAACUUCCACACUGACACGUGGCCAUGGCGACUACUCCCCACCCCUUACACCCCCUCCUGUGCCCCCUCCCCUCGCUCCCACCCCUCAAACACUACAUAGGACCGACAGGAAGACGGACGGACGGACAGACGGACACGGCCGUCCCUCAGCCCAGAGCUCGGACCACCCUGCCGUCGGGGUCAGUGCGUGAUGGACUGGAGAGGAAAUGGUGAGGCGUUUCAGACCGGGGACUCGUAGCGUGGCUCGUAGCGUGGCUCGUAGCGUGGCUAGUAGCGUGGCUAGUAGCGUGGCUAGUAGCGUGGCUCGUAGCGUGGCUCGUGAUGAAAGCUCAUACCAUCCGCGCAAGCAGCGAUGUCUGACGAGAGAGGCCGAAUCUUGUUUUUCCAAAGAAUGCAAUACUGUCCUUUCACCGUUGUCAUACCUGACUGUACUUUGUUUUUGGUUUUCAACACUGCUGUAAUUUUUCUUUCCUUCAUAUUUUUGUCAGAAUUUUAGGCCUGGAAUGAAACCAUAUACAACUUGGCAAAUAAAUGACAAAAUGCAUUUGAAAUGCCAAAAAGCAUUUAAAAUGCCUAAAAUAGUACUGCUGCAAUUAACACUACAUUGGUAUAGGCUGACAAUUUUGUUUUGACUGCUAUUUGUGCUAACAAAGUGUAUAAGCAAGUUCAGUUGCUAAAAUGUAUUUUAUAAAUUAAGUCUUUUGAGUGAUUUAUCCCCACACAGAUCCACUCGUGUCUGUAACAUAAAACUUUAUUUUAAUCUCAGGUAGUUUAUACCAUAUUGGAUAUGCAGUCACCUGGUCAUGUAUUUAAUGCACUUCAACCAACUGACCUCAGUUUAGACAUCAAUCGCACGGUUUGGCCAUUGAUAAGCAUAAGUUUUUGUUUUUUUUCGUAAUUUUUAAAAAACAAAAACAAAACAAAAAGUAAUUUCAUUUUUGAACAACAAUUAGAAUCCAUUAACUGUAAGAAGCUUGAUUUAUUUUUAACCAUCUUGGAAUGGCCUUACUGUAUCUGACCAUAACACAAAUCGACCACCAUUCCCCCAUGCAACUCAAAGUAUGUAAAUGCGCACUUUCUUACAGUCUAUUGUAAUGUCCAAUCUGCAGGGACUGCUUCUGUCAGAGUUCUCAUUUUUGGCGAUAUCGGUGUGAAAAGUUGCAAAUUAAGCUCAAGUCUUCCUUCUUAUCCAUUGCUGGUUGUAGUGACUCUGACGUAGUUGAAAUGUAAGCUACAUUUUGAUUGGAGCAGUUGAAGGCCUGUUGUGAUUGCAUGGCAUUAGGGAAAUUCAAUUGGAUGAUUUUUUUACUGUUGGAGUUUGUUUUACAUAUCGAGGUCCACUUCUGUAGGGUUUUUUGUUUCCAUUCUCAUUAUUUCUAAAGGAAGUGCCCACCUCUUCCUUUGCUAUUUAAGUAUAGCUCAAAGUGUAGGGGUAAUCAGAUAGACCAGUAGUUCUCUUCCGGUGUCUAUUGUUGUAUACGUUUUCCUGUCGAGGCAGAAAGAGAUCAGCCACUCGCUGUUAGUUUGUCAGUAUUGCCAUGCCACAAUGACAUUUCCCCCCAUUAAAGAUCUCAAUCUGUUUAGUCAAUCCGGCGUGACCACACGGAGGCAUCGAGGUGUUUAUUUUACUUCAGACUGUCUGCAGUCAACUCCAGGCUGUGCCAAGGAUUUUGACCGUUAUAAGGGCUUAAAACGUGUUUUCCCGUUGGAGUUGGAUGACAACCCUUCACCACUGCGUCAUUGUUGAAUACAUUUUAUUUACUGCUGGACGACAUUAACCUUUCUUUAAUGGAGAAAUUAUCACCUAAUUUUGAUCUGAUUCAGGUUUGAUCUACUUUUUUGAAAACAAUGUAUUAUUGUUAUGAUUAUUAUUAUUAUUCAUGCCUCAGUGUGUAAAAUGAAUCAUAUUAAUCCCAAUAAUUUAAAAAACUGACCUCUGAUUUCACUCCAAAUUGAUUGGUCAUCCUUAGAUCAGAGUGGCCGUGUGCAGAUAGGUCUUUGUUUUUCUUCAGUUACUGAUAUUUAAUGUCACUGUUUUAAAGUUUUACUCGUGUUUGACCGGCCUGGUGUUGGAUAACCCAAGCGCCACUGUCCAAAACAAAAGAUUGAGUUCAGCAGAAGGAACAUGCUCUGUUCACUUUUCUUUAUCUUUGCUGAUAUUAAAGUCUUUGAAAAAAAUGGAAUGUGUUCCAUGUUGCUGUCGCACGUGGCCUCUUGAAAAACCACCGAAAGGUAUCUCAAAGCCGUUGUGCGCCGCAUAUAUAAUGUACAAUCUCAAUUUCAACACAUUGCCUAAACUUGAUUGCCUUUUUUUUUUUUUUUUUUUUUUGGGGUCCCUGUUCUGAUAAAAUGGCAUUUUUUUUCUCUGUAAAUAUUGCAGGCUUUAACAUGAGAUGUAUUUAGUUGGAGGAAUAUAUGUAAAUAUGAAAGUGUGAAGUAUAUUUCAUUUGUCUGUUCUCUUUAUUCAUUAGGAAAGGCACAAAACGCUUGUUUGUAUUUAUGCCAAUUAUAUAUGUGUCCAAGAGAAACACAUUGGAUAUUGAAUGUAACACAUAUACUGAAUAAAAAUUUUAAAGAAGUUCUUAUCAUACAA